AUUCGAAGGAAAUAGAAUUUCUACUGUUUUUUGGUCGGAAAUAGAACUUCUACUUGCCUCGCCGCCAAGUAGGGAUCUCUGUUGCACGAAGGCACAACUCCCUCCCCCUCCAUCCAUCCAGUGGGUGAUGUGGGUCUCCCCUGCAUUCGCAAGGGCCACGACCAAGCUCCUCUCUCCCUUUUCCUUCCCCAAACCCAAGUUCCUCUCCGCCUCCGCCUGUCUCCUCGACUCCGACCCUCCCGCCUCCGCCGCCGCCGCAGUGAACCGGCUUCAGCACCAGCCCGACCUCGCCUUCUCCUAUUUCCUUCAUCUGGACUCCUGUGGCUUCCCUCUCGACCCUCCCGCUUAUGCUUCCCUCAUCUCCAUCCUCUCCCCCUCCGCCUCCCGCUCCCGCCUCGAUUUCGUCUUCUCCCGCCUCAUCGCCUCCUUCCACGCCGCGCGGGCCUCUGCUAUUCCUUCCUUGCUUGAUUCUCUUGCUCUGCUGGGCGGCCCCCGUCUCCUACUUCGGUCGAUCGAUCUCCUCGUCAAGGCUUACGUUCGGGCUGGCCGCUUAGAUGAUGCCGUCGAUGCCUUGUUCUGCUUCAAGAGGGGCGCGCUUCUUCCCUGCGUCUCCACCUGUAAUUUCCUCCUCAACCGCUUGAUCGAGAGUCGCAAUCCCGCCGCCGCCGUCACUCUGUAUGAGCUGUUGAAGCGGGUCGAUUUUGUUCCCAAUAACUACACCUAUACCAUCUUCAUCAAGGCCCUUUGCAGAAUUGGCGACUUGGACGGAGCUUCUCGCGUGCUCCACCACAUGGUCGAGGCUGGGGUGGCCCCUGAUAGCUUUGCUUAUGCUACCUACAUCGAAGGCCUCUGCGCCCAUGGCGUCUCCCAUUUGGCUCAUCAGUUUCUCCUACAUUUGCGGGCUGCUGGUGUCUGCAUGAGUGUCUACGCUUAUACUGCAGUUGUCCGUGGUUUUUGUGCCGAAAUGAAGUUGGAAGAGGCCGAGGGAGUCCUGGUCGAUAUGGAAGAGCAUGGCAUUAUCGCUGAUGUCUACUGCUAUACAGCCUUGAUUCAUGGCCACUGCAGGACUUCCAAUUUGCCUCGAGCCUUGGCUCUCCACGAUUUUAUGCUGACAAAAGGUAUCAAGUCCAAUUGUGUCGUCAUUGGCAUCCUUCUCCAGUGCUUAUCUGAUAUGGGCAUGCCCGAUGAAGCAGUGCAUUAUUUUAAUAAGUUCAAAGGGUCGGGCAUUUUUCUGGACGAGGUUACGUACAAUAUCGCUGCUGCUGCUCUGUGCAAGCUGGGCCAGGUGGAAGCGGCGGCAGAGUUACUUGAAGAGAUGAAGGGCAAACAGAUGGCUCUUGAUAUUAUGCACUACACAACUUUGAUCAGUGGCUAUUGUCUCCGGGAUGACAUUUACGAUGCCUUGGCUGUGCUCCACCAGAUGAUGGAGGGAGGGUUUCAACCCGAUAUUGUCACUUACAAUGUACUUGCCCGCGGAUUUUCCCGGGCAGGACUUGUGAGUGACGUGCAUGAGCUUCUAAGACGUAUGGAUGCCUGCGGUGUGAAACCCAAUGAUGUCACACACAACAUGAUAAUUGAGGGCUUAUGUAUUGCAGGUAAAGUGGAGGAAGCUGAAGUGUUAUUCUCUGGCCUGCAAGGGAAGAGCGCAGAAAAUAAAGCUGCCAUGUUUAGGGGGUAUUGCCAAGCCAGCCAUUUGAGAAAGGCCUUUGACCUUUUCAUGGAGUUAUCAGAAGCAGAAAAAAAGUCAGUAAAGAAGAAUUCCUGCUUCAAAUUGCUAGCUAACCUUUUCGUUGAAGGUCAUCGUGUUAUGGCUUGUGAUUUACUCAACGAAAUGUCGGAACUCGACAUGGAACCAACUGGAGUGAUGUACAGCAUUUUGAUGGCUGCUCUUUGCAAAGCUGGCCUUAUGAUAAAUGCACAGUGGUUGUUUGAUAGAUGGGUGGGGAAGGGAUCAACCCCUGAUGUUGCCACCUAUACAUUAAUGAUAGAUGGAUACUUUCAUGCAAAUCAGUUGCAGGAAGCGCUUGAUCUUUUCAAUGAGAUGAGGAAUAAAGGUGUUGAGCCUGAUGUAAUUGCUUAUACAGUGUUACUUGAUGGUUAUUCAAAAGUAGGUCUUCGAAAGAAACGUUGCCUUCAUGGGGAAAACGAAGCACAGAAAGUGACAGGGGAUUCCGGGGCAAAUAAUGUCAUCAAAAGGCUUUUGCUGGAGAUGAAAGACAAAAUAGCACCUGAUGCAAUUUGUUAUACUGUUUUGAUUGACAGGCUUUGUAAGCGUGGCAACAUUGAGGAAGCCGAGGAUUUACUGAGGGAUAUGAUUGAAAGUGGGCUUCAGCCAGAUGUGGUAACUUACACAUCUCUUAUAUCUGGCUGCUGUAGUAGGGGAAACAUGGAAAGGGCUGAAUAUCUUUAUAAAGAAAUGUUGUUCAAGGGGAUAGCACCUGAUAUGCGGACCAUCUCUGUUUUAGUGGCUGAAUUGAAGCCUGAAAAGUGCAGAUAGUGAGGCAAGUAAGUGAUGAAAUCAAAGAGAUACUAGGUGCUGAUCUCAUAGUGUUAAGGUCAUGGAUUUCACAGGCGCCAAGAGCAAGAGCAGAGCGUCUUACCUUACAUGUGAUAUGACUACAGAAUAGAGAGCAGAAGCCUUUUGCAUAUACGUGGAAAUACUGGGCGGCUUCCUUGUGAUGCUUUGAGCUUUGUGCAAUAGCAUCUUUCUGUUGCGAUGGAUGAUUGAGACCUAAAUGUUUGCGAGUAUCCUAUUCCUCACUGAUCACAAAAGAAUAGGAUUGGAGACUGAGGCUUGAGACUGGAAUGAAGCAUGGAUUGGACAAUGAUACCGACCGGGACUAAAGGUUUACUUAACUGUAUAAGGUAUUAUACCAUUGACCGAUCGCAGUGAAGAGAAGUAAAGAAAGCAUGAAGUAAGUAGAGCAUGAAGUAAGCACUCCCGUGAACAGAAGAGUUGUCUUAUGGGCAGGUAUUCUAUUGACUAACCCCUUUUUCUCCCCG